AUGCUAGGCAAACUCACAUCCUUCUUGUCUUCCUCUGAACCCCUUCCCUCCUCUCACACCGCACCAAGACGAGCAGAUACCUAUGUCGCUAUAUCGAAAGAACUGGAAAAAGAGCAUGUACCCGUAUCAGAGUCUGAUUGCGUUUCAUGUUCAAACCCCUGCGCCACUUCAGACGGCGACGGAGCAGGAGCGGGGAGUAUAACAGAAGUCAUAUAUGAUGGUAAAUCUUAUGAAGAAUAUGUAUUGGAGAAAUACGGUGAUCUAGGGGAAUUGCCUAAAGGGUUUGAUAUGGAUUGGGAAACUGAGUUGCAAGGUUCAUCAAAAGGUGGGAAGGGCAGGGUAGUAGUUAUAAGCACGGGUAAGAGCGACUGGGAAAGGGAUCAUGUGGACGAGAAAGGUUCUCUAGCUCAUUACUUGGACAAAGCCAUCUCAUCUGCCCCCUCAAUACCUUCUCCUCCGAGCGAUAAAUCGACCAAAAGCUCUUUAUCGUACAUAAACCCUUCUGCCUUUCCAGCACCUUCCCAACCGUUGUCCCAUCCCAUAUCGACUCCACCAUCAUUAUAUUCAUCAUCGUUGAUCUCGCAAUCUGACGAUCCAUCCGAUCAAUCCGUAUUGGUAUUUCCAGACUGGAAGGUCGUUCAUGAGAUUGAUAAUUCCCUCAAUGGUGCCAAGGCAUUAUACAAGAAUCAGUUAUCGGGUGAAUUGGGUAGAGCAGGGAGGAAGGGUGUAGAUGAGGAUGAUGAAUUGGCUAGAAGAAGGAGCUGGGUCCUACCAUAUCGGGCGGUUGUGUUACUUUGUUCUCACAAACGCCGUGAUAAGCGAUGUCAUAUUGCCGCUCCCCUCCUCCGUUCAGCCUUACAUACCGUUCUAUCGAAAUACGAUAUAGACAUUGACGAGGAUGGAUCUUCCCUUUCACACCUUGAUGGACCUCCUUUGGAAGAGAUCGAGGGGACAGACCAAGAGCGGGAAGAGGAAGUGGGUAAGAGGAUAGAGGGUAUCGAAGGUGUUCAAGGAGGUGAGGGAGGUCAAGUGGGGAUAUUCAACAUCAAUCAUUUGGGUGGACAUAGGUAUGCUGGGGUGAUGAUUAUCUUACUCCCCUCAGGAGCUUACAUUUCCUACGGAAGAGUCACGCCACAAGAGAUACCUAGAGUAGUAGAAGAUACAAUUUUACAAGGCAAGAUCGUCCCUGGAUUACUAAGGAAUGCAGUGGGUGUUCAGAGGGAGAUUAACGGUGGGAAAGGAUUUUUGACUUGGUAG